GACUCCGCGAGUGUCGUCGGUGUCAUGGAGCAGCACAGGGAGGAUGAGCAGAGCCUUCAUCUCAGCCUGGUGAGGCGGGAAGGAUGAGAUGAGGAUCCCGGUCCUUGUGCCCCGGAGCAUCGUUUCGGUGGCAGGGCCCCAAACGCGACCCGCUGUCGGCAUGUGCUGGGGAUGCCGUGGUGGAGUUUCCCAUCGCGGCCGAAGAACGUGACCGUGUGUCACGGGUGUUAUUUAUAGAGCAUCGCUGUGACUAAGGUGGCCUGGUGCCCGUCCCAAGGUGAACACCGGCCGGGAUGACACUGCCGGUGUGCCGGGAUUGAGAGGAAGAUGGGGAAAGGGCUUUACCGAUGUCUUGGUGUUCCGUGGAGCCAGUUGCAUCAGUGCCGGGAGCACAGACCGGACGGAGGAGGGAGCACGCGGAGUGCAGUUGCUUCUUUCUUAUCACGGGAAUAACAUCGGAGGGUUUUUCCUUGUUCUGGAGUGAUACACUGGAAACUUGAAGUCAGGCGCCAUGUGAGCAGAUGAACGCACCUCGGCGUGACUUUUUCUUUCCCCCCCUAUUGCUCUUUUAAAUGAUCCAUGUGUUAACCGGAGGGAAUGUGGACCUGAGUUUCCUGUUUGCUGUGUAAGCAGGGUGUGAAUCAGCAGCUAUUUACCAGUGCUGCUGAGCAGAGCUGCUGACUCACGGGUUGGAGCACAUGCCUCCAGCCCGCCUUGGAAGGGAUCAACCGUGCUUCUUUAAAAGGCUCUCACCGGGAUACCCAUCCCAGACCUUUUGCUCCGCUCGCAGGUACAGCGAGCUCCCAGUGCCUGCCCGGUGGAUGUGUGGAUGGAGAGAAGAGAUUCCAAAGGAUUGGAGCCGCACAAACCGGUGAAAAGCAGGAAGAAAGGGGAACUGAGGAUAACAUGUGUCCCCAUCAAACAGCCUGUUGCCAACACAACGCCCCCGAGGAACUUGGACUCCAGAGCGUUCAUUACCAUCGGAGAUAAAAACUUCGAGGUGGAAGCUGAUGACCUGGUGGCAAUUUCAGAGCUGGGCCGUGGCGCCUAUGGCGUGGUGGAGAAGGUCCGGCACACGCAGAGCGGCACCAUCAUGGCUGUGAAGAGGAUCCGAGCAACUGUAAACACUCAGGAGCAGAAGAGGUUAUUGAUGGACUUAGACAUCUCCAUGAGGACAGUUGACUGCUUCUACACCGUCACCUUCUAUGGAGCCCUCUUCCGUGAGGGGGACGUGUGGAUCUGCAUGGAGCUCAUGGACACUUCCCUUGAUAAGUUCUACAAGAAAGUACUGGAGAAGAAAAAAACAAUCCCUGAAGACAUUUUGGGGAAAAUGGCUGUGUCUAUUGUACGAGCUCUGGAGCAUCUGCACAGUAAACUGUCUGUAAUCCAUAGAGAUGUGAAACCUUCCAACGUGCUGAUCAACAAGGAAGGACACGUGAAAAUGUGUGACUUUGGGAUCAGUGGCUACUUGGUGGACUCUGUUGCAAAGACCAUGGAUGCUGGCUGCAAACCUUACAUGGCUCCAGAAAGAAUAAACCCUGAGCUGAACCAGAAGGGCUACAACGUGAAGUCGGAUGUCUGGAGCCUGGGGAUCACAAUGGUAACUGGGCCAUGCUGGGACCGGCACGCUGCAGGCGUGGGGUUGGGAUGGGGUCUGUGCUGGCUGGGUUCUGUCCCUGCUGUGACCAGCAGCAGCUGGUGGCUUCACCCCUGGGUGGAUGCCCACCAAAUGGGACUAAAUCUUGAGUGUGAUAGGUCAAGGCAUGAAAUGAAUUACCCAGGGCACAGGGUGGAGGUGUGAGCUGGGGUGUGCAACCAGUGUUGCCACCACUGCUGUGGCUGGCAAGCUUGCAAGGAGAUAAUCCAUCUUCUGCCCCUUCUCUUUUCUCCUCUCUUCUUGCAUAUUCCUGCUGGAUCCUGGUGGAUACAUAAAGGCCAUACAUGUUAUUCCCAUGUGGUUCCUUUUUACCUCUCGGCUUGGUUUCACAGAUCUACUUGUGUGCAAUGCCAGCUCCAGAUAGCUCUACUUAGCUGUGAACUAUCUUGCUGUGGAUGGCAGACUCCCAGGGGCAAUAUCUGGAUGACAACUGGCUUAGUUGGGCAUCCAAGAGUCUGGCUUUGAAUUGCUCUGCGCUUCCCCAUGUGCUGGCUGGAGGAGUAUUAAGUGGAGCAGGGUUUGCUGCAGCUGGGUCACAGCCUUCCUCUGUGUU